UUCCCGUCUAGGUCACGCAGGAAUCUGGUCACGAGUUUGAGGUAGCAGUUGGGAAUUCUCGAAACCAGGAAUCUUACCAAAACAACUGUGCCAAUGAGUGAAAAAUCUUGACAAUACAGUUCGGGGAACACAUCGUUCCACUUUCACAGCGGAAAUGUCAGGGAACGGUAGUAUUUCUCAAGAAGGAAAUGGGAAAGUCAGCAGAGUUAUUCGCAUGGGAACAAGGAAGAGCCAGCUGGCUCGCAUUCAAACCGACAGUGUGGCCGGCAGACUGAAAGAGCUUUAUCCAGACAUUCAUCUAGAAAUAGUUGCCAUGUCUACAAUUGGGGACAAAAUCCUGGACACUGCAUUAUCAAAGAUUGGCGAAAAGAGCCUGUUUACCAAAGAGCUGGAGAAUGCCCUCGAGAGAAAUGAAGUGGAUAUUGUGGUGCACUCUCUUAAGGAUUUACCUACCUCAUUGCCCCCUGGAUUCACUAUUGGAGCCAUUCUUCAGAGGGAAAAUCCCCAUGAUGCAGUGGUCCUUCAUCCAAAGAAUGCUGGACUUACCCUUGACAGCUUGCCAGAGAAGAGCGUGAUUGGCACAAGUUCACUUCGCAGAGCAGCUCAGCUGAAGAAACGAUUCCCUCAACUGGAGUUUGAAAAUAUUAGAGGGAACCUAAACACCCGUCUGAAGAAGCUGGAUGAAAAGGAUGACUAUUCUGCCAUUAUUCUGGCCGCAGCAGGCCUUAAACGUAUGGGCUGGGACAGCAGAAUCAGUCAGAUUCUGGGCCCUGAAGAUUGCAUGUAUGCUGUUGGCCAGGGAGCACUGGCAGUGGAAGUCAGAGCACAAGAUAAAGACAUUCUGGAAAUGGUGUCUGUCUUGUGUCAUCCAGACACAGUGCUGCAGUGCAUCUCAGAGAGAGCUUUUCUCAAGCAGCUGGAAGGAGGCUGCAGUGUUCCUGUUGCUGUUCAUACAGAAGUGAAAGGGUCCAUGCUGUAUUUGACUGGAGCAGUUUAUAGUUUGGAUGGAGCUGAUUGCUUGAAAGACACUAUGCAGACGGUUGUGGAAAUUGACAACAAAGUGGAGAGUGCACAGGAGUGUGUACACGUUGGAGUCACUGCCAACAGUGUAUCAUCAUCAGCCCUCGAAGCUGCUGAGAAACUUGGAAUGGAUCUGGCAAAUGCUCUCCUUAAUAAGGGAGCCAAAGACAUUCUCACAACAGCCAGGAAACUAAAUGAUGCUCGAUAGCUGGCUUUUUAAAUUUUGUGCACUGGAAUAUUACUUCGUUUUGGAACUUUUGACAUGCUGUUAACUUGGAUAAACAAUACUCUCAACUGUAUGCUCUACAGCCGAAUCUCCAGGGCUUAAAUACAAACUUGAUUGGCUGUAUAAAUCUGUAUGUAAAAACAACCAACAAAUCAUUUCAGAUACUAUGCCUCAGU